AUGACAUCUUCACUCAAAAUAACUUUUCAAUAAAAAUUUCGGUGAGAUAUAGUUUGGCCAUGCUGUUUCUUGUUGGGGUUUUAGAGAAAUACUUUUUAAUCUUUAUAAAAAAAAAGAGAAUUACUUUUUAAACAAAGGAGUUGAGUGUUUGAUUGAAAAACUAUUGGAGGUGCUUUUUAAUACAAGAGGUUGUGUAAAAUGAUUAUAAAGGACUUAUAAAUUAUAAUAUAAAUUAUGAAUAAAUGUUCUAAGUAAUAAAAAGUAGUCAAAAUGGAUCUUGUUAGAUUUUUUUAUAUUAAAUAAUAUGAUUUUAUAAUUUAUUUUAUUUUUAAAAUGAUAUAAAUGAAAUAAAAUUGUAUUUUCUAAAAUAAAGUUAAAAUACGAUAAGGAUAAUCUUGUAUUUUCAAAACAGCUAUUCGCAAAAGCUCCAAAUCGGAGCUUAUGCUUUUAUGUUCCCUAUGUUUGGCCCGGAUUUUGGAAGUGUUUUUCGGCUUCAAAAGCUGAAGCAGGGCCAAACACCUCUAAAAGCUCAGCUUUUGAAAAGCCGAAAAGCGCGUUUGUAUAACAUAAAAGUAUAAGCUCCGAUUUGGAGCUUCUGCGAAAAGCUGUUUUGAAAAUACAAGAUUAUCCUUACUAUAUUUUAAUUUUAUUUCAGACAAUAUAAUUUUUCUUCAUUUAUAUCAUUUGAAAAAUAAAAUAAAUUAUAAAAUCAUAUUAUUUAAUAUUAAAGAAAUCUAACAAGAUCCAUUUUGACUACUUUUUAUUGUUUAAAAUUUUUAUUCAUAUUUUAUAUUAUAAGUCCUUUAUAGUCAUUUUACACAACCUCUCAUAUUAAAAACACUUCUAAGGGUUUUACAGCCAAACACUCAACUACUUUUUUUGAAAAGUACUUAUCCAAAAGCUCCAGCUAGAAACUGCUUCUACAAAAACUACAGCAGGGCCAAACUAAGCUAAUACGAAAGCGCUUUUCGGCUUUUCAAAACCCGAGGUUUUAGAGGUGUUGGGCCCUGCUUUAUCUUUUGAAGCUGAAAAACACUUCUAAAAAUAGGGCCAAACAUAAGCAUAAAUGAUUUAUCUUGGUAUUUUAUUGACUAUUUGAGUGAUUUAUAUAAUAUUUUAGUACGUCGGUCAUCUUUAUACAAUUUAAUUAUCUCGAUAUAAUGCAUUAUUGUUAUCUAUUAGAGAAUCCAAACCAUCAUGAACUGUAAUCAACAAUAAAAAUAAUAAUUGUAACAUAAAAAAACAGGUACACAAAACGGUUGAAGGUGAAAAUUAAGUGGAAGAGUGGGAUAUGGCAAAAAGUAACUGAAAAACAAAAACUAAAAUGACUCAAAGAGUGAUAAUUUGGCGGGUCGAUCUAUGGUAACAAUUUAGGUGAAUCUCAUAUUGGCAAAGUAUAUGAAAGAUUUAUGGUCUAUAAGUAAGAAACUCAUCUUUACUUACAAAAUGCAUUUUUGGAUGAAAUUAGAGAAUUUUUGUAAGAAUUUUGAAAUUAAAUUACUAUGGAGCAUUGCUAUCAUGUCUGAUUUUACAAGAAAUCACUUUGAUAUACAUACAAGGUAAAAUUUAUAUGAGUAUUGCACAAACGGAGAAUAUCUUGAGUGUGUACCCAAAAAAAACGUACUAGCUGAGGCCAAUUAAUACACAACCAGCAGACCACUAAAUAAAAUUUUGAUUCACCUUACCCACACAUAAAUAAUAAUUAACGUAAUUCCAAAAUUGUACCCACAUGCCACAUGGCUAGCUUUGUCUGCGAUUAGGUACGUGGUUACUUUAUGACGUGAAGAUAUGUGCAUAUAAUUAGUUUAGUACAAAACAAAGGAAUAUAUGACUAGGCUAUCGAAACUCAAACCAAAAUAACAAGAUCAAUAAAUAUAGACUAGAACAUUAUCCAAUUAAAAAGUAACUAAUAUAAUUUUUGGUUAAUGUCCAAACAUAGGGCAAAAUUUUAUGUUUGGUUAGAAAUAAUCGAAACUAAAUGAAAUAUCAUAAAACAUCAUUUUUUAAAAUUAUAGACAAAUAUAGCCAUAUAAGUUCUCUGUUAAAAUGUGCAUGUGUGGCUGACAAACCCCUAAACGUAAGACUACACACAACAAGAAGGGGAAAAGAUGGAAAAUGAUAUGGGAAAUCUCACAAUACUGUAGAAAAAAAAAAGGAAAAAGUGGGAGGGUUGGGUUUUCCCUUCACUAGAGGACAAAUGGAGGAGGGAGAAGAAAAAUGGAUGGGAAAUCCCAUAAUACAGUAGAAAAAAGGCAAAAUACACUUGUAUAGCCAAAACUUUCACGUUUGUGCCAAUAAUAGCCACAUUUGGCGAAUACCACUUAUAGCCACCUUUUGAAAAUGUUGUUGGACAAAUAUAGCAUUUUCUGUUAGAAACAUUGACGGUGUUAGUAACACCAUCAAAUUAGUAGACGGUUUGCUGAUUAGGCGAGAAGAAAUCGAACACGUCAGCGCCAACUAAGCAAUUACGGACACGUCAUAUAUUACAUUAUUAAAAAAAAUGUACCAUAUAUUCCCAUUUGCGUCGAAGCGAAUCCUUCAGCCCCCCAACUUUUGCCCGAUUUAAAAAUUAGGGUUUGUCCCCAGUUUUCCUCUCCUCUCACGAAUCCUCUUCCGAUUUGGGAAUUAGGGUUCUUCCCCAAACUUCCACUUUCCACUCUCCACGAAUCCUCUACUCCCUUCUGAUCGAUUCCGAUUUCGGAAUUAGGGUUCUUCCCCUAAAUCCCACACUCUGCCGACUCGCAACGACGCAACCCUCUCCUUCCGCGAUUUCUCCUGUCCAGCACUUCAAGCGAGCUGCAGGCAUGUCCAGGCGAGCAGCUUCCUCAAGUUCGACUAGCACUCAGAAACUAGGCGUGUUACACUGUUGGUGCAAUAAGCCAUGUGUGGUCAAGACAUCCGGCACAGAGUUGAACCCAGGCAGGCAGUUCUAUGGAUGUCGAUCCUUACCAGUCGCGAUUGACGAGGGAGAGCACAAAUCGAGCAUUGAAGUGAGAUUAGGGUUUCACAGUAGAAUCACAUCGCUCAAUUCCGAGAUUCCUCCAAAGCAUACAGAAGAGAAGAAGCCUCGAAGGACUCGGCCAAAGCUCAGCGUCGGUUAGUCAACCCAUCCUCUGUAUGUGUUUCUCGAGGAAGGAGGCGGUAGGUUCAACUCGAUCGAUGGAGAAAAAUCGAGACUAGAGGAGGGGUGUAUAUUGAUGGUGGAGGAAGGAAUAGCGGUGGUACGGGGUUCGUCGGAGGAAGGUCCUCUCCUUCGUCGCCUUCGUGGCCGCCGCCUUCGUCGAUGGGAUUCAAAGGGGUUAGAUGAAGAGGAUAAGGAAAGAGGAAAGAGAGAACAAAAAGGUGGGUGGGUAAAAAUUAGUGGUUUCUGAUUUUGUAAUUUUUUUAAUCAUUGUCCACGUGGAAAUCUGUGACGGUCCACGUAAGCUGCUCCGUUUGCCCAAUCACACUUAACGUUAACAGCGUUAAAGAAUUGGACGGACUUGGCUAUAAAUGGUAUUUUUCCAAAUGUGGCUAUUAUUGGCACAAACGUGAAAGUUUUGGCUAUGGAACUGUAUUUUGCCAAAAAAAAAAAAAGGAAAAAGUGGGAGGGUUGGGUUUUCCCUUCACUAGAGGAUAAAUGGAGGAGAGGAAAAGAAAUAGGGGUGGGUGGCAACCGAUGGUUUUUGUUUUUUUUCUUUUUGUUUUAUGAUUGGUUUAGUUAUUUUAAUUAGUGAUGAUUGUGUGUUAUUGGUUAGUGAUAAUAUUUUUCAACAUUCAUAUUUUUAACAGCUAUUUUUCCAAUGAUCAUAUUUCCAACAUCUAUAUUUUUUCGUUAUUAAUGACGUCAUAUUUAAUUAGUAAUAAAAAAAUUCUGUCCAAAUUAUAAAAAAUUAUAUUGAAAUGUUCGCUUUAAUUAAUUAUUACUACCUAUAUAAAAAUUAUGAAUAAAUUAUCUAAAUAAUAAUAUGAGAUUAACACUAAAUAGAUUUUGCAAAAAAAAAAACCCCUAUCAAUUACCCUAUUUUCCCUUUCAUCCAUUGUGGCAAAACCCUUUACCAAACCCUCUUUUCUCACCCAAAUUUCCCUCUUUUUCCUUCCACCAUUGUGAAUGGUCUAAGAUUCAUGUAAGCAAAAUAAAUCCAUAAAAUAUUAUUUAAUUUAUGAUUGCAAAAAAAUUUAAACAAAUAGAAAACUGUUCUUCUCCAUCCUCGUAAUCUUCAAACAUCAAACCCACUUUAUGACUCCUCUAAAUACCACCUCUUUAACACCAGAAUCAUCGAUUCCUUGUAAACACAAAAACCGUCAAGAACAUCGCUCUCUUCGAAUUCAAGCACCCUGGCAACUUCAUGGCUAGGAUUCUAAUAGCCGAUUCGUUCUUUUAGUGAGCGCCAACCUCAAAAUGCAAGAAUAAUUAAUCCUCAAAAGUAGCGAUCAUAAGUUCUCCUGUCAGUUAUGAAUCGAACACGUAAUCUCGAGGUUGUGAACUCAGCUAGAACUCGUUACUGCAAAUUGAAGUCAUAAUACUAAUCCUAUAGCUCUGAUUUGAGGAUCUCGUAUGAUGUGGGCUAGCGGGCUUGAGUUCAGGUCCUUAAGCCUCAUUACUUAAGAAGAAUCUUAAAACAAUCUUAUUGCUUGUUGGGGUUUUACAUUAUUUUCCUACUUUUCGAUGACUCUGAAAAGUGGUUUGGUAGAACCUGGAAACACCCCCAAUCUAGGAAAGCCAAGCCGGUGCGGAUUGGGGAGGAGAGUAGCAAUGGAACCAAGCUACGAUUAGUCGCCGCCAUGGCGUUGAGAAUGCAGCGAACGACAGUGAGAGUCCUUCCAAAUUGAAGCUCGUCGAGGCUUGUCGAGGCUCAUGGCGGCCGUCUUGUAGUUGUCGAGGCAGGCGCUGAGGCGCUUCUCGGCCUAGAUGACAAAGGCAGGGUCCGACCUGGGCGUGUUUGCCAGAAAGUCGAGCAAGCACUCGUUGGCAUCGUUGGUCAUGGCGCAGAGGUCUUUGAUAAAGCUAAAUUAUAGUU